UGACUUCCCUGCCCUCUCCACAGCUAUGACAUGGUGCAUUAUGGCCACUCGAACCAGCUGCGCCAGGCGCGGGCAAUGGGGGACUACCUCAUCGUGGGUGUGCACACCGACGAGGAAAUCUCCAAGCACAAGGGGCCCCCGGUGUUCACGCAGGAGGAGAGAUACAAGAUGGUGCAGGCCAUCAAGUGGGUGGACGAGGUGGUGCCGGCGGCUCCCUACGUCACCACGCUGGAGACGCUGGACAAGUACAACUGCGACUUCUGUGUUCAUGGCAACGACAUCACGCUGACUGUAGACGGCCGGGACACCUAUGAGGAAGUGAAGCAGGCUGGGAGGUACAGAGAGUGCAAGCGCACCCAGGGUGUGUCCACCACGGACCUCGUCGGCCGCAUGCUGCUGGUGACCAAGGCGCAUCACAGCAGCCAAGAGAUGUCCUCAGAGUACCGGGCGUACGCAGACAGCUUCGGCAAGCCCCCUCACCUGACACCUGUCAGGGAGAUGCUUUUCUCAGAAGGCUCCUCCCAGGUGACCAGCGGUGGCCUCAGGUGCCCGGGGGGGCGGAACCCCUGGACGGGCGUGUCCCAGUUUCUGCAGACAUCCCAGAAAAUCAUUCAGUUUGCUUCUGGGAAGGAGCCCCAGCCAGGGGAGACGGUCAUUUACGUGGCUGGCGCCUUUGACCUGUUCCACAUCGGGCACGUGGACUUCCUGGAGAAGGUGCAUGGCCUGGUGGAGAGGCCCUACGUCAUCGCUGGCUUGCACUUUGACCAGGAGGUCAACCACUACAAGGGAAAGAACUACCCCAUCAUGAACCUGCAUGAGCGGACACUGAGUGUGCUGGCUUGCCGGUAUGUGUCAGAAGUGGUGAUUGGAGCCCCCUACGCAGUCACAGCAGAGCUCCUGGACCACUUCAAGGUGGACCUGGUGUGUCACGGGAAGACGGAAAUCAUGCCGGACAGGGAUGGCUCUGAUCCAUACCAGGAGCCCAAGAAAAGGGGCAUCUUCUGUCAGAUCGACAGUGGGAGCGACCUCACCACAGACCUCAUCGUCCAGCGCAUCAUCAAGAACAGGCUGGAGUACGAGGCCCGGAACCAGAAGAAAGAGGCCAAGGAGCUGGCCUUCCUGGAGGCCAUGAAGCAGCAGGAGGAGCAGCCCGAGAGGGAGCACGGCGGUGCCUUCUGAGGAGGGGGCGGCCACCAAGAGCCCUGGAGUGGAGCUCGGCCCGCCCUGCCCUGCUUCCUGCCUUGGAGUCUGGCUCACGUGGUUUUAACAAAGCUGCUGCGGCCCCCUCUCACCCGCCUGGCCCUGGAAGGGCCGGUGAGGAGGUCGCCGCCCCCCACCUCCCUGCAAGGCCCCCUUUAUAGCAGGCCCUGCAGAGAGGGAGCCCAGCGAGGUGGAGUGGCCAGCAGGCAAGAAUCGUAGAGGGUACCUCUGACGCCACCCUGCGUGCCCGGGGAGACCCAGCUUCCCUCUUCCUGGCUGCUCUGCUGUGCCCCGCCCCCCUUUGCAACCCCCAGGAGCUCCUGCAGACCCAAGCUGUACUUCCUGGCCCCCCAAUUCGGUGAGAGUCCACUUCAGGGGAACAGUGACCCAAGGGGCCGCCUCCUGCACUGGCACCCUCUGCCCUGCACUGCCUCCCUGGAGCCCUGAGCUGGCUCCAGGACCCUGCCCUGCUCCCAGGCCAGCUUCCUGCUCUCCCCAGACUUUUCUUGACUUUGUGCAUAACUCGCUGAUGUGCAACCAAAUAAACCUGUGGGAGGUGCUCUGUCA